CUCUGUGUUUUUCCCUCUCUGGUACAUAUGAGGGUUUAUCACCUAUAUAAGAUCUGAGGGUUUAGUAUUGUCCUUAUUUCUUCCGAGUUCGAAGUUCUUGUUCGAAAUUCUCUAUAGAAGAUCUUCAAUGUCAUCAGAGAGUAUGAAUGGCUUCGAUCGUCGUGUUGUUUCGGCAAUGGACUCACCACUACCACAUAUAUGUAGGAAACUUAGUACUAGGAAAGAGAUAAGAUUUAGAGGUGGAUGGUCUGACAUGAAACUUAUGUAUGACAUUGUGACCCAACAUGAAGAAUGUAAACGUAUUAUUGGUAAAUGUGGUUGGGAAGAUUGUUCGAAAUGGAUGUCUCCCUUUGCGACAAGAAGCUUGCAGAUGCAAUUGUUGAGCGAUGGUGGAAGUCCACCAACACAUUUCAUUUUCCGGAGUUUGAAAUAGGUCUCACACCACAUGAUUUCACUUCAUUGACCAGUAUUUCGGUGGGAAGAGGGAUUGAUCCUUUGUUUAUCCCAUGGGAAGCAGAUGAAAAGGAAGAUUGUAUAGCAGGCAAGUGUUUAUUUAGGUAAUGUGAUCGUAAAUGCUACACACUAACGAUUAUAAAGAAGAUUACUUUAAGGGUGGUGGAAUCCCUUGUUCGCACUUGUACCGAUGGCUUCUACAAUUCAAAGAUGUUGCAACUGAUGAUAUGGAACCCCAUUGGCAAGAGAUUACCCGAGCAUUCCUAAUGUGGGUUAUUGGGCAGGUUCUGUUUCCUAAUAGUUCAUCAAUUGUCAAAGUUGGAUGGUUGGCAUCCCUCGAAGACCUAGAGAAGAUCGGUACAUAUGAUUGGGGUGGUGCAACUUUAGCUCGUGUGUAUCAAUCAUUAUGCGAGACUAGUAGCGGAAGAAUCUUGUCAUUCGAUGGAAUGUGGAUGAUCCUACCGUAUUGGUUCUAUUUUUACUUCCGCUCGUUGAUUCCAAUAUUUGAAGAGAGGAUUCCCAAUUCAUUUGGUUAUGAGCCAAUAGAUCUUGACAGAUUUCCCCAAAUUGCGGUAUUUAAUAAAGACCAACUAGCGGACGUUCAAGUAGGCACGGCGAGACACUCCAGACCAGAAGCUCAGAGACAAAUAGACAUGAGAACAAUAGAGUCCACAACAUGGUAGCCUUGGGAACGAAGUAAGAAUGCAGGGAAAAAAGAUGUCACUCCAUGCAAAUCAGUUAUCUAAGUGUAGAUAUCUUCUUUACAAUCCAGAAGAUAGGGAAGCAGUUUUGUGUUUAGGAGAAAGGUGUUGGUGUCAAGUAACUGGAGAACCCGCCAUUCCAGAUGAUCCACCUGCGCAACUAUGCAAAAUUACAUACACACCUUAUACAGAGUUCUUGAGCAACUUCGAUAUGGAAGUAGAUGCUGGUGCUUAUAAGCUUGGGGUGGAUGAUGGACUUUAUAGAAUGUAUUGGAAGCAAGUUUCUGUUGGUCCUUAUUUGCCUCCAUUGGAUAGGCUAGGUCCGCGAAACCGAGAUGAGAUUGGACCAUCAUCAUCCCAAAAUCCAGCACAUCGUCUUCCUUACCCCGCUAGUUUGGUUUCAGCUCAUGAUGUUUACGCUACACAAGAGGACAAUCGCUUUCCACUAGUUGAUUGGAGCAUGACCGUUCCAAAUUCUGAUGGUGAUCCAGUGUCUAUCCCAGUUAGUCCUCGUGUUCCUAGCACCUCAUGUAGCGUAGACAUGCAUCCGUUGGUAAGUUCUCUAAGCUUUUUUUUCAUAUCAGUUGGUACGUCUUCUAUGUAUCAUUGCACUAAGUUGGUAUGAGGUACUUGAGAAAAUCCACACCGGACGAUGUUAAACGUUUGUCGAAGGAGAAUGAUGAAAGAGGUUUUCUUGGUAUGCUUGGAAGUGUUGACUGUAUGCACUGGCCGUGGAAGAAUUGCCCGACAUCGUGGGCUUAACAAUACAAAGGAUAUAAGCCAUGUCCCUCCAUUGUAUUAGAGGCAGUUGCAUCUUACGAUGGAUGGUUUUGGCAUGCAUUUUUUGGUAUACCUGGUUUGUGUAAUGAUCUCAAUGUAGUCGAUACAUCACCACUGUUCGACAAUAUCUUAUCAGAGGCUGCUCCAAAAGUUGAUGUUCGUAUAAAUGGUCAUAGAUAUGAUAUGGGUUACUAUUUAGCCGACGGAAUCUACCCAAGAUUGUCAACUAUUGUUCAGUCUUACAAACAGCCGCAUUCACAACAACAAACAUUAGUCAACGGUCACCAAAUGGGAAAACGUAAGGAUCUUGAGCGGGCAUUUGGGAUUCUGCAAGCAAAAUUCCACAUUGUGGCAGGACCGGUAAGGUAUUGGGAUGAAGAUGACCUUAAGUACAUAAUGAAGACUUGCAUUAUUCUCCACAACAUGAUAAUUGAGGAUGAACGUCAUCAUGGUGCUUGGAAAACACCGGGAGCGGGAGAAAUGCGAAUUUAUCGCAGUCAUGAACCAAGACCUGUCAACUACCAUGAAUUGAUUAACAUACCAAUGCAUGAGGCCCUUCGCGAAGACUUAUGUGCACAUAUUUGGGCGAGGCACGGGGCAGAGGUGGCAAACUGAAUUCUGCAAACUGCAAUUUUUGUUGCUCUUGCGUCUCUGUUUAUUAUGGCUAGCACUUGUAGUAGCAAUUCUCGCUCUGUAUGCAUUCAGUCUGUGAUCAUGUUGUCUUAUGCUCGGUUCGAGUAGUUAAAUUCAUUUCUGAAGUAUAUAUACAUCCAGAAGUUUAGUUGGAUACUGUUGGGUUUUAAUCUUGUAAUUCAAUUACAUAUUUUGU